AUGGUUCCCAGAUUUGUCAUUACGGGCAGCGACGACCUGCAAUUGAGGGCAAUUACUCAAUUAGCGCUUCAGCUGACAUUGUUAUUUACUGCAAUCGUGGCCGUCGCCGCCAGCGACGUCGCCAGCGCCCAGGGCGCCCAAAAUGCUUUUAAUCUAGGGGCUAACCGCCGCCGCUACGCCGCCGUGGCGCUGACACUACACUCUCAAACGCUGACAAUGCUACCAGAAAUCAUCAAACAGUACCAGGACCAAGCGGUGGCGCCGCACCAGUGGGACGACGUGGUGGCGACUCAUAUAGUGCUUGCGCUUGGCGACAUUGGUAGUGGGCGCCCGGCGCAGUGGCUCGCGCACAUUCACGACGCCCGCAGUCUACUUUUGCAGCCAGCAAUAACCACUAACCCGACACUUAUGGGUCGAUUUCUCAUUGAGGUUUUCGUAAACCACGAAGUGGCGUCGGUCAGUGCCUGGGAACCGCCCAAAAGGCGUGCCUCAUCGGUCAAUUUUUCAGUAUCUGAUUCAUUGAUUAAUGAUAUGGGGCAUCACUUAAAUCCAGGAAUACUGGCGGUAUUCGGGACGCUGGCACGACUAUUGCUGUUGAUUCACCAAACUACCCGUUUAGCCCGUCAGUAUGAAGCGAUGGUACAACGCUCUAACCCUUCAGAUAAUGAUUAUGGUUGGGUGUCAAAUGAGCGCCACGCCAUUGAGGCCCAAUUGGUACAGCUAUACCAGUACCCUACAACCGAUAUGGGAGCCCAAGCCUUAUCACAAGUAUUUGAAGCGAAGCGGCUUGCUGCCAUCGUCUACUUAUUUGCUCGAGUCGACGUGGAAUACUUUAAUCUUCGCCAUGACAUCCCAGCAGAAAUCGCACCACCUGAACUGCCUAAGGUGUACGCCGAUAAGUUCCGCCAAGUGAAACAAGUCAGCUGUGCCGUGCUCGACAUUGUUGCCCAGAUUUCCGAGCCUACUCCCGCCCUUAUAUGGCCGCUUUUUGUCAUCGGUGUGGUACUGGCUGAUAGCGAUGACCUCCGCUGGGGGAUAUUAUACCAGCUUGAUCGCAUCGGAGGGAGCCGUCACCUGGCCCAAGUGGAACGAGUCAUUCAUAUCCUUGAGCGGGUGUGGAACGAAACGGAUUUGGACGCGGGGCUGGGGCGGUGGCUGGAGAUUUUGGUGGGGAAAGGCCCUCCUCCCAGCUUGACGUGA